AUGCAAGAAGAUCUGUGGACCCUUAAGCUAUCGGAUUUUGACUUUCUAUAUACAUAUUCUGGCAAUAUAAAUAAGAAUAAACAUGAUUCUCAUGAGAAAGAUGAUGCAUCAGAUGUACAGACAUCAUAUAAAUCACGUCUAAGAUAUUUAGAACAGUGGAGAUUUCUUUGUUAUGAAAUGGAGAAAGUAUAUUGGAAAGAAAAAAGUAUAAUUGAAAGUAGAAUAAAAACAGGUAUUCCAUCAUGCCUUAGAGGUUUUUUAUGGAAAAAACUAGCAGGAAUAGAUUCUAUGAAGAUAGCACUACCUGAACACUUGUAUUUUCAAUUAUGCCAAAUUAAAGAAGCUCCUUGUUCAGGAGAUAUUAUUAGAGAUAUUAGUCGUACAUUUCCUAAACAUCCUUUAUUUCGUGAAAAAAAUAGUUAUGGUCAAGAUUCAUUAUUUUCAGUACUUAGAGCUUAUAGUUUAUUUAAUAAGGAAGUAGGAUACUGCCAAGGUAUGGGAUUUAUUGUAGGAGUAUUACUAAUACAUAUGAAUGAAGAAGAUGCUUUUUAUAUGUUAGCAGCUAUUAUAGAAAAAUAUGAGAUGUCAGGGUUUUUUUUACCAGGGCUUCCUCUACUAAAUAAACAUUUAACUGAACUCAGAAAUAUAUUCAAAGAACAAAUACCAUUGUUAUAUAAACAUUUCAAAAAUGAAAAUGUAGAUGAAUCUAUGUAUGCAUCUCAAUGGUUUAUAACAAUAUUUGCUUAUAGUUUUCAUGUAGAUGUUGUAGCAAGGAUUUGGGAUUUAUUCUUCUUAGAUGGAAUCAAGGUUAUAUUUAAAAUAUCUAUUGCAGUUCUUAAAUCACUAAAACAUAAAUUAUUUAAUCAGAAUUUCGAAGGUAUAUUACAAACUUUAAAGGAAGUACCAAGAACUUUACCUAUUGAUAAAUUAAUACAAAAAACAUUAGAUAUAAAGUUAACUAAGAAUAUUAAAGCUUAG